AUAGCUUCUGCUGAUGGGAAUGAAUCAUCAGUACGGCCAAAACCAAGUUUUUGCAAGUCCUCUCGGUUUGUCUCCAUAUUAGUUAGAAAAAAGCUUCAGACAAAGAGGAUAUGGGAAGGGGUAAGAUUGUAAUAAGGAGGAUCGACAAUUCGACGAGCAGGCAAGUGACGUUUUCGAAGAGAAGGAACGGAUUGUUGAAGAAAGCAAAGGAGCUGGCUAUACUUUGUGAUGCUGAGGUUGGAGUUAUAAUCUUCUCCAGCACUGGCAAACUUUACGAUUUUUCAAGCACCAGCAUGAAAACAGUAAUUGAACGAUACAACAAAGCAAAAGAGGAACACUAUCAACAAGGGAAUCCGACCUCUGAAGUGAAGUUCUGGCAAAGGGAGGCAGCAAUAUUAAGGCAACAACUGCAAAACUUGCAAGAAAACCACCGGCAAAUGAUGGGCGAAGAGCUUUCGAGCUUGAGUGUCAAAGAUUUACAGAACCUAGAGAACCAGUUGGAAAUGAGCCUUCGUGGUGUCCGUAUGAAAAAGGACCAAAUUUUACUCGAUGAAAUACAAGAACUAAACAGAAAGGGAGACCUCAUUCAUCAAGAAAAUGUCGAUUUGUAUAAGAAGGUCUAUGGAACAAGGGAAAUGAAUGGACCAAAUAGAAACCUCCCCCUCACAAACAGUCUGGGCAUGGGAGACGACUCACAUGGACCUGUCCAUCUCCAGCUUAGCCAGCCACAACAAAACCAUGAGACGCCAGCCAGAGCUACAAAAUUGGGCAGACUACAACUGCAUUAAUGAAGAUGCAAAAACUUCUGACGGGCAUUACUAGUUGUCUAUCAACUAAAUGGAUUAUGGUAAGAAAUUAUGCUUCUAUUGCCAUGAUGUGGUAUAAGAGGCGCAAAAUAAUCAGCAAAAAGACACUUUGAAACGGUCGACAUUUAACAGGUGUGUUAUGAUCAAAGACCAGAGAUUCUCAUGUAAAGAUAAAAAUUAAAUAUAGUGAAAAAUCAUUGAAAUCAAACUUCAUCUGCAUUGAAUACUUCAUUGCAUGGAAUAACUUGCACUCUUUAAAUAUGUCAUUGUCCUUGAAAUGAGCAUUGAAAGUAAAUGCUUGUACUCAAUAUUUCAGUAAUAAACUAGUAGUGUUACAGAUAUGGUCAAACAAUGCAACAAGAAGUAGUUACUUUCAUAAAACCAGUUAAAAACAGAGAACUGACAAAUAGAAACCAUUUCAACUUAACUGAACACUCUCAUUUAACUAUUACUUAAAUACUCCACCAAAUUUGGUAUAUGAAAU